CAUGACGCGCACUUUUCCUCUCUGCUCGUGCUCAUCUCACGCGAGCCAGCCUCGUCAGCUCAGGGGCGCGCGCCACAAUAUCCGAGGCGGAGGGGACAGCUCCCAGGUGCUGAAAGAGAGGAAGAGCGAAAGAGAGAGAGCAAAGCAACGACUCCCACACAAAAAAACCCCCCGUGAAACAGAUAGAGCCGAAGGCCUUCAAAACAGAUGGCUGCCACUCAGGAUGUGAAAGGGAAGGGAGAGGGGGGGGACCAAAACUUUGACUACAUGUUCAAGCUGCUCAUCAUCGGCAACAGCAGCGUGGGCAAAACGUCUUUCCUUUUCCGCUACGCCGACGACGCCUUCACUUCGGCCUUCGUCAGCACAGUGGGCAUCGACUUCAAAGUCAAGACGGUCUACAAGAAUGACAAGAGGAUCAAACUGCAGAUCUGGGACACGGCGGGCCAGGAGCGCUACAGGACCAUCACCACGGCCUACUACCGCGGGGCGAUGGGCUUCAUCCUAAUGUACGACAUCACCAACGAGGAGUCCUUCGGCGCCGUGCAGGACUGGUCAACACAGAUAAAAACCUACUCGUGGGACAAUGCCCAGGUGGUGCUGGCUGGGAAUAAGUGCGAUAUGGAGGAGGAGAGAGUGGUCUCAGUGGACAGUGGCAGACUGCUGGCAGAACAGUUGGGGUUCGAAUUCUUCGAGACCAGCGCCAAGGACAACGUCAACGUGAAGCAGACCUUUGAGCGUCUCGUCGACCUCAUUUGCGACAAGAUGUCCGAGAGCCUGGACUCGGACCCGGCCGUCACCACGGGGGCUCCCACUGCCAAACUCACGGACAGCGCUCCGCCCCUCCAGCAGCCCGGGUGCAACUGUUAGUGACCCAUUUGAACCCUGUUUAGUGGUAGAAUUACACAACGCCGUCUCUCGACUUUAUCACCUUAUACCAAGAGCAAAUAGGCAGACAAACGGACACGGAUAUUGCAAAGUGUUGCGACAUUACACACAAAAUAAAAACAUAGAGACACCGUAUUCUCAGCUAGUUAGUAUGGUCAUAAACCAAGUAAGUCCACAGACCUGAUGUACAGUUAGUCCUUAAGACCUUUAUAAAUCUUUAAGACCUAGAAUAAUUACAAAAUAAGAGAUAGAGUAAGUGAGUGCUUUGAUUUUUAUUUUUUGUACAGUACGUAUUUUCCUUUUAUAGGAUUUUGUCUCUUAAAGCUGCCAAAUCUAUGGUUUAGUGCACUAAAGGAUGUAGCGGCUUCCUUUUGUUUAGUGAGUGUGUGGCUGUAGUGUGACUGUACAAUGUGUGUGUGUGUGUGUGUGUGUGUGUGUGGUUGGGUGUUGGCACCAGUAUGAGUAUAACGUGACUAAUGAGUGGCAGUCUACCUUGGAUUGAAAAAAAAGUGGCCUUUUCCAUCUCCAACAGGGCCUCCGUAAGUUCCCUUUGUCUUGCUCACUUCUAGAAUGAGUCCCGUCUGUGUGGCGUCGAUGUGCAAUUCCACGUUUCGCUGUCCGUAGUGUGAUUUCUCUAAUUAGUGUACCUGUGAAUCCUAAAAGCAACGACUUCUGUGUGCCCGGCCUCUAAGACCCAUUUAUAAUUUGAUGCAAGCCAGGCGUAUGUUUCAUCUACAGAGAGCACAGACGCCAUCAACAAUCCAGCACUUCAUUGAGUAGAAAGGUCACUCUUGACAAUGCACAGUAAGAGGUAUAACAUAUAACAAGUGAUCAGCUCUGGCAUGGAAUAAACAGCCAUAUAUUUAAAAAAAAAAAACGUAUAUAAGAUUUAAUUUAGCAUGCCAAAACGUUUGUGCUAUAAAAUAAUUCCGCCCCGAAAGAGAAGCAUCCCAGAAGAACGGUAGCGGUUGUGAAGAUAACUGAAGCCCUGAUGGUAUCGAGGUCGUUGCCCAUUUUACAAUCCAGAAAGCCUUUUAGUUCUGUGCCAAAACACUACUAGUCCUUUAGCGUAAUCAGUUGUUUGUUGCCUAGUUAAAUUAAAAAAUUAAAAAAGUAUUGCAUGAAGCCAGUCCCGACUUAUCUAUGUAGAUUUAUAUAAUAAGACAGUGUAUAUAUAUAUAUAUAUAUAUAUAUAUCACUCUGUGUUACAGAUUUAGAUGCGUUUUCAUAGCACUUGCUGUGAGAUGCAAUGGGCCAAUAAGUGCAAUAUUUUAUGAAUGAAACCCUGUACAUAGUUUCUCCUGUCCUCCAGUACUACGACUCUAUCUGCAGUAUGUGAGAGACAGUUUGGUCAGAAUGGCUCUGAAACUGAUGUACAACCUCUGAAAAAAUGGGGAGAGUGUGUGUGUGUGUGUGUGUGUGUGUGUGUGUGUGUGUGUGUGUGUGUGUGAGCGUGUGUGCUUGUGCCAUGUUGAACGGACAAAUUACGUAACAUAGUGUAUUGUUUGUGUAUACCUUUUGUACAAAUGUAUUCACGUACUAUAUGCUGUUCCUGCUAACUGUUGGGUGUCGAUUGCUCUUGUGUUAUCACGUCAAAAUGCAGUGUUGUUGUGAACGGGUCAGGGGGGGGGGGGGGGUCCUUACUCCAUGCCAUACUGUUGUAAAUCCAAGAAAAGGGAUGCACAUAAACUGGUUCAAAGACCCUGAGCAUAUUUGUGUACACGUUCUUUGUGCGUGUGCAUCCGCACGCGUGUGUGUGUGUGCGUGUGUGUGUGAUAUUAUGAUUUUUAUGUAAGUAGCCAUGAAAUAAAUUACCGUACUGAUCGCCAGCCAGUAGCUACGUGGCUCUGGUCAAAUGUCAUUGUAGAACCGUGUGACUUUACAUAUUACUGGAUAUAUUUGUUUCUCAGAGUGCAAGCAAAGUAAGAAGUAUGUUUUUGAGAUUAUAGGAAAUAAAUCAAAUUCUAUCAGUG